AUGAUGUCGUCGAAACACAAGAGUGUGAUUUGGGAAUAUUUUGAAAAAACGUCGAACGUAGAAAUUGUGUUAUGCAAAUUAUGUCACGCUUCAGUCAAGUCAUGUGGUAACACAACAAAUAUCCGCAACCACAUCAAAAGAAAUCAUCCUUCAAUUAAACUAAGCAAGGGUGCUGUAACAGUUGUCAUGCGUCGAAGUUCUCAGUCAGUGGCAUCAACUAGUUCUACAGAACCACAAGAACAAAAUGUUGACGAUCCUGAUGUAAUGACAGAGGAAAAUGAUUUUGCUGAGGUGGCUAGAACCAUUGUAAAUAAGGCUCAACAAACACAACGGACACUUAAUUUUGCUUCAACAUCUUCGAGUUCGUCCGGUAUUGUGGACAAUGAUUCCGUGGCAUCAUUCAGUGGCAGUGGAUCUGCAUCUGUUCGGUCAAUACAAACCACAUCCUCUUCAAUUACUCCACAGUCAGCGAACAUAAGUCUGACUAGGCAGAGCACAAUAUCUGAAUCCAUUUUCAACAUCAAAUCUUAUGAUAGAGGAGGAUAUAAGACACGAGCCAUCACAGAUGCACUAAUCUAUAUGGUUGCAAAAGAUAAUCUGCCGUUAUCAACAACAGAAAAACAAGGCUUCAGAUUCUUCAUGCAGAAAGCAGUUCCAAUGUACAAGAUUCCAUGUAGGAAAACUUUGACUAAAAUGGUAAAAUCUAAAUAUGAAGUCUUAUCCACAUUAAUAAAAUCUAAACUAAGUCUUGUUGAUCACUUAACUUUAACUUCAGAUAUUUGGACUGACACACUAAAUACAAAAAGUUUUUUGGGCAUGACUGUGCAUUUUUUAAAUUUAAAUAAAGUUGCUCUUGACAGUGUCACAAUUGGUGUGUUGGAGCUGUCUGCCAGCCAUACAGCUGAUAAUAUUUCCACUUGGUUCGAGCAUCUUCUUGCUCAGUGGGGUAUAAAAAAAAGCCAGGUUUUCACCGUCGUCACCGAUAGUGGGGCAAAUAUAUUAUCUGCCGUAAACAAAACUUUUACAUCCGAUAAACAUUUGCCGUGUUUUGCCCACACACUAAAUUUGGUUUCAGAAAGGGCACUGUUAAAUCUUACUGAUGUACUUAGUGUUAUAAACAAAAUUAAAAGUAUCGUAACGUUUUUCAAGCAAUCUGUAGCGGCUUCUGACGAACUUAGGAAAUUGUGCGAUCUCAAACUCAAACAAUCUGUACCAACACGUUGGAACUCAAUAUAUUUCAUGAUUGACAGAUUCAUUUUAUGUUCGAACCACAUAGCUUCAGUUUUGAUACAUAUUCGCCGGGGCCCCGAAAUGUUGACGGCAGAUGAGAUUGAUAUAGCUAAGGAAAUGUUGUUAGUGUUAAAGCCGAUGGAGGUGGCAACAAGGGAAUUAUGUGGUCAAAAAUAUGUAACUGGCAGCACAGUUAUUCCCCUAAUUAACUGCCUUAUUAAAAAAACCGAGAGCAUUGACUUAACCCAUCCAACAGCUUUAUCCUUAAAGAGAGCUAUGUUAGAGAAUUUGGAUAAAAGGUUCGGUAGGAUGGAGGAGAGAAGUCUUCUCAGCAUCUCAACUAUAUUAGAUCCCAGGUUCAAAACUAUCCAUUUGAAUAAUCCAUUAACCAGUUCAAAAGCUAUUAAAAUGAUUAAAACUCAAAUUAUUGAAAUUAAAAGUAAUUGUGAUGAACCUAGCUCCUCAAACCAAGGCUCUAGUGAUGAUGAUGUUGAACCCAGUGAUAGUUUGUGGUCAGUUCACAAUGAGCUGGUUACAAAAAAAGCUGCAACACAAAAUUCACACCAGCCUGAAGAGCGAAUUCCUACCGAACUCAAACAUUAUUUAAGCCAGCCCACAAUACCAUUAGGUGAUGACAUACUAAAGUAUUGGGAUAUAAAUGGCAAUAUGUUCCCUCUUUUAAAAAAAAUUGUACAGCCAUAUUUGUCAGUAGUAGCAACUUCUGUCCCUUCGGAAAGAUUGUUUUCUAAAGCGGGAAAUAUAAUGACUGAAAAAAGAAACAGGUUAAAGGGGGACAAAUUGCAACAGCUUUUAUUUUUGAGUUCCCUAAAUUUUGAAGACUGGCACAUAGAAUAA